CCAUAUAUAUAAACAUGUUUGUAUGAUUGUCAGUUGUUUAAAAAUGUCUAGGAAAAAAAAAUUUUUGUUUGAAAUUUAUUUAAAUAUUUAAAAAUGAGAGGAAAAGUUGCAGGAUCUACUGGUAUCACUGUAGAAAUGGUGAGGCGCGCGGUCGAGGAAUUGAUGAUGAAACGAGCAGGUGUCAGUGCAAAAAUGAUUUUCAAAUAUUUGAAAACUCGGUACCCUAUUGAAAAAAACCCAAGUUUACUUAAAAAGGAACUUAAAGAUAAAUUAGACCAUGCUGUCACGCUGGGAAUUUUAUCGCGCUCUGAAACUGACACUUAUUGUCUUGGUACUUUUAGACAGAAGGCUUAUAAUUAUAAAACUGAUUUAUCUUCAUUUUGGGAAAGAUAUUACAAAAAAAGACCAGGACGUCGUUUGAAACCACCGCCACGUAAAAAGAAAGUAGCAUAUAAAGUUGAUUAUUAUUACAGCGACUCCAGUGAUUUUAGUGACUCUGAUUUUAGUGAUUGAUUUUUUUUAAAUUUUAUUUAGCUGCCAAAAAUAAUUUUAUUUAUUUACAAUUGAUAAAAAAUCGUACAGAUUUUAUCUAAAAAUAAAAAAAUAAAUUAUUUUUUUAAUAAUAAAUUAAAUUUUUGUAGGAUUAUAAGACAAAAUUUUUUUAAAUUUUAUUUCCGAUGCCGUCUUAUAUUUAAAAUUUUUUUCAAACUUGAGAACUGCAAUUAUUAGUCAGAUGUAAGACAGUUUUAU